AUGGCGGAAGAGUCCCCUGAGCUCCAGGCCGCUUUGCGGAACCUAGAGCGCGAAUUGGAGGAGGGCGAUAUCACCGAGAAAGGAUACCAAAAGCGCCGGACCGUCCUACUCUCGCAAUACCUCGGUCCCAAUAAACCCCUUGAGAUCAAUACCCAUGCUAGUUCUGGGUAUGAUGCAUCCCCAACCAGCCCUAGAAUUGCCCCGCCGGCUAUUCUGAAGGUUCGCCCACCAACCGCCGAAUCCUCGCUACACAGCGCGGCUUCCCCCGUGUACGCAGACGGCCACAGUGGCCAGCAGGACAGCGGAGCUAUCGGAUUCACCCAUGGCGCCGAAACACAUACACAGGACCAGCCACAGGCAUUGCCAUGGUCUCACGAUAGAGAGAGCAUGCUUCACGCUCAUGAUCGAGUGCCUUCAGCUGGCUCCCACGACUCCUUGUUCCUUCCUAGACCACCAAUUCCCGGGUCGCAAGGCUUGGAUGGCUCUAGAACUGCAACUCUGUUGAGUCAGAACUAUGCAUUCAACCCGAACUCCCAACCUGAGUAUGCGAAUCAGCCUGAAUACGCACAAGCCGAGUAUCCUCCAGCGGAGUACCAGCCCGAGUACGCGGAUGAUGGCAUGGGAUACUACGAUCCUGUCCCCGGAGCACCAACCCGACAGUCCACAAUGCUUGAUCUUCAACAGGCAUACUUUUCUGACUUUGCAGGGCAACAGCAUGAUGAUUAUAGGGACAGCUAUGGUGGUGGUGGCUUUCAUCGGUACUCUCAGUCCGGGGAAGCCUUUUCGCCAACAGCGAACAUGGCACCGCCAUUAAUGCACGCGGCGGAACUUCAGCAUGGACCUGCGAUCGAACACCUCCUUCCCCUCGAGCCUCGAGAGAUUCCUUUCGCCUUGAAUGAUCCACAUGACAAGAAUAUUCCCAUGUCUAACUUCGACAACCUACCAACUGUUCUACGCCAUCGUGCCCGGGCCCACCCAAAACAGGCUGCCUAUUGGGUACUGGAUGCGAAAGGCAAAGAAGUUGCUUCCAUCACCUGGGAGAAGUUGUCUAGCCGUGCGGAGAAAGUCGCCCAAGUUAUCCGUGAUAAGAGUAAUCUUUACCGCGGAGAUCGGGUUGCUCUGAUAUACCGAGAAGCGGAGAUCAUCGAGUUCGCCGUCGCACUCUUGGGCUGCUUUAUUGCAGGAGUUGUGGCGGUGCCGAUCAACAGUCUGGAUGACUACACAAGUCUGAAUCUCGUGCUCACUUCAACACAAGCACAUCUCGCUUUGACAACGGAGAACAACCUGAAGAAUUUCCAGCGCGACAUCACCGCACAGAAGCUCAGUUGGCCACGAGGAGUUGAAUGGUGGAAGACGAAUGAGUUCGGCAGUUUCCAUCCAAAGAAGAAGGACGACACACCCCCGCUGCAGGUCCCUGAUCUGGCCUACAUAGAAUUUGCGCGGGCUCCAACGGGUGAUAUGCGCGGCGUUGUGAUGAGCCACCGGACAAUCAUGCACCAAAUGGCAUGUUUGAGUGCGAUAAUUACCACAGUACCAACGGAUUCGAGUGCCAGGCAGUAUGCGAGCAAAGGAGAGACUAUAAUCAGUUAUCUUGACCCGAGACAAGGAAUUGGCAUGAUCAUCGCCAUUCUCUUCACUGUUUAUGGUGGUCACACAACGGUUUGGCAUGAGGACCGGGCGGUGGAGACCCCCGGUCUCUAUGCCCACCUUAUCACCAAGUACAAGGCAUCAGUCAUGGCGGCUGAUUACUCUGGUUUGAAGAUUGCCACCUACAACUACCAGCAAGAUCCGAUGUCAACGAGACAUUUCAAGAAGAAUUCAGAGCCUAAUUUCGGUAGUGUCAAAAUAUGCCUGAUCGAUACCCUUACUCUCGAUCCCGAGUUCCACGAAAUCCUGGCAGACAGAUGGCUUCGUCCAAUGAGGAAUCCACGGGCUAGGGAAAUUGUGGCUCCAAUGCUCUGCUUGCCGGAGCAUGGAGGUAUGGUUAUUAGCAUGCGCGAUUGGCUCGGUGGUGAAGAGCGAAUGGGAUGUGCUUUGACCCAUGAAAUGGAUCCCGCUAGUCGUGGUGAUUCUAAGAAAGAAGAUGAGAACUUGACGAAGUCCGAGACCAAAACUGGCUUCGGAAGCAGUCUCUUGGGUGGCGGAUCACGAGUUUCUACGAUCAAACAGAGCCCUAAGAACGAACUCAGUGAAGUUCUCCUGGACAAGGAGGCCUUGAAGAGCAAUGAAGUGGUUGUAUUGGCCAUGGGCGAGGAUGCACGAAAGUACGCCAGCAGCAUGCCACAUGCUGUACGCGUUGGCGCCUUUGGCUACCCGAUUCCUGACGCAACCCUGGCUGUCGUUGACCCGGAGACCAAUCUUCUCUGCACGCCAAACGUGAUUGGAGAGAUUUGGGUUGAUUCGCCCUCGCUUUCUGGUGGCUUCUGGGCCUUACCGAAACACACCGAGGCCAUCUUCCAUGCCCGUCCCUACAAGUUCGAGGAAUCUAACCCGACUCCGAUACUUGUGGAACCCGAGUUCCUGCGCACUGGUCUGCUCGGAUGUGUGAUUGAGGGCAGACUGUUCGUGCUUGGUCUCUACGAAGACCGCCUCCGCCAAAAAGUGGAGUGGGUUGAGCAUGGCCAAGAGAUUGUUGAACACCGCUACUUCUUCGUCCAGCACCUGACUGUCAGCAUCUUGAAGAAGGUGCCGAAGAUUCAUGAUUGCACUGCGUUCGAUGUAUUUGUCAAUGACGAACAUCUUCCGGUUAUCGUUUUGGAGUCUUACUCGGCCUCAACAGCGCCAACGACUUCGGGUGGCCCGCCGAGGCAACUUGAUUCUGUACUCCUUGAUUCGCUCGCGGACAGGUGUAUGGAGGUGCUGUACCAGGAGCAUCAUCUACGGGUGUACUGUGUUCUCCUCACAGCCCCGAAUAGUCUACCGCGGGUCACCAAAAAUGGCCGACAAGAGAUCGGUAACAUGCUGUGUCGCAAAGAUUUCGAAUCCGGUAUGCUGCAAGCUGUGCAUGUCAAGUUUGGGGUUGAACGAGCAGUGAUGAAUCUGCCUGUUGGCAUCGACCCCGAGGGUGGUAUCUGGUCCCCCACCGCUCUGGCAUCAAGACAAGAGAUGCUUGCCUAUCAGGAAAAGCAAUAUUCGGGCGUGGAUUAUCGCGAUGUGGUAAUGGAUGACCGAACUUCUACGCCGUUGAACAACUUCAACACAAUUGUCGACCUUCUUCAUUGGCGGGUCUCUCGCCAGGCUGAAGAGUUGGCUUACUGCUCUAUUGACGGCCGCGGCAAGGAAGGAAAAGGUGUCACCUGGAAAAAGUUCGAUCUGAAGGUUUCUGCGGUGGCAACGUACCUGAAGAACAAGGUGAAGGUGCGACCCGGAGACCACCUCGUACUGAUGUACACACACUCGGAGGAGUACAUCUAUGCGAUUCACGCUUGUCUGUGUUUGGGUGUUGUUGUCAUUCCGAUGGCCCCUAUCGACCAAAAUCGCCUUUCAGAGGAUGCGCCAGCAUUCUUGCAUAUCAUCAGCGAUUUCAACGUCAAAGCCAUCAUUGUAAAUACAGAGGUCGACCAUGUCAUGAGACAAAAGCUGGUGUCCCAGCAUAUCAAGCAGUCCGCCCAAGUCCUGCGCAUCGGUGUCCCUGCCAUAUACAAUACUGCAAAGCCCUCGAAGCAAUCCCACGGAUGUCGCGAGCUCGGCUACACCGUGAAGGACACUUGGCUCCAGGGAAAGCAGCCUGCUCUGGUCUGGACUUACUGGACCCCAGAUCAGCGAAGGAUUUCGGUCAACAUUUCCCAUGAGACUAUCAUGGGCAUGUGCAAGGUUCAGAAGGAAACUUGCCAAAUGACCAGUUCGAGGCCAGUGCUUGGAAGUGUUCGAAGUACCCUAGGUCUUGGAUUCUUACACACCUGCUUGAUGGGAAUCUUUGUUGGCGCCCCCACAUACCUUGUUUCGCCGGUUGACUUCGCUCAAAAUCCCAUGACUCUCUUUGUCACUCUCGCUCGAUACAAGAUCAAGGACACCUAUGCCACCAGCCAAAUGCUGGACUAUGCAAUGAGUGCUAUGGCUGGGAAGGGCUUCCAGCUUCAAGAAUUGAAGAACCUUAUGAUUUCCUCUGAGGGCCGACCAAGAACGGACAUCUACGGAAAGGUACGCUUGCAUUUUGCGAAUGCCAGCUUGGAUCGUACCUCUAUCAACGUCGUUUAUUCGCACGUUCUCAACCCCAUGGUUACCACCAGAUCGUAUAUGUGCAUUGAGCCGAUUGAGCUGUGGCUGGACCUGCGGAGCCUUCGUCAAGGUUUAAUUUACCCCGUGGAUCCUGAUGCCGAUCCCACUGCGCUUUUGUUGCAGGACUCUGGUAUGGUACCGGUCAAUACGCAGAUCGCGAUUGUGAACCCAGAAACUUGCACUCUUGCGCAUGUGGGAGAGUACGGUGAGAUCUGGAUUCAGUCCGACGCUUGCGCACAGGGAUUCUACAAAUCAAAGCAAGAAUUCGACCAAGAGCGGUUGAACGGCAGAGUUGCAGACGGUGAUCCCAGCGUGCCUUACGUGCGUACUGGUGAUCUUGGUUUCCUUCACACUGUUACUCGGCCGAUCGGUCCUAACGGCCAGCCGGUCGAGAUGCAAGUGCUGUUCCUCCUUGGCAGCAUAGGCGAGACUUUCGAGGUCAACGGACUCAACCACUUCCCCAUGGACAUUGAAAACUCUGUAGAGAGGUGCCAUCGCAAUAUUGUGAAUGGAGGAUGUGCUAUUUUCCAAGCCGGUGGCUUGGUUGUCGUCGUUGUCGAGGUCACACGGAAGGCCUACCUGGCUGCCCUUGUCCCCGUCAUCGUUGAUGCUAUCCUUAUGGAACAUCAGGUUGUCGCUGAUAUUGUUGCAUUUGUUUCUCACGGCGAUUUCCCCCGCUCUCGUCUGGGUGAGAAGCAGCGCGGAAAGGUUCUAGCUUCUUGGGUGACCCGCAAGCUGCGGACCAUCGCUCAGUUCAGCAUUCGCGACCUGGAAGGUGACAGCCCCUUCGCAGAUGUGCCCCAGCACCGUAUGAGCAGAGUUUCCAAGCCUGGAAGCACUAUGGGCAACAGCGUCCGACAAUCCUCGGUGAAUCCGGACACUCCUGAAGGAGGCGUCCCCCACUCCCCAGCUGGACUGACAUUGGAAGAGACGGUUCGUUCAGCACCUGGUUACAACCCCGACAGAGCUGGGUCCAUGCCGCAUGAACCGCAGCCUGCGACGGACAAUGAUAUGGUUGCCACUCCUGUGCCGCAGCCCAACCCGGCUGUUCCUUACAUCAAGGAGCCGCAGUCCGCCACCAUCUUGACCGAGUUUGAUGACCACCCGUAUGACGCAUCGGAGCACGUCGAGGGUAUUCCCCCCGCUAACCGUGACUUCCGGUUCAGCUUCGACAUGGGAAAUACGCCCAAUCAACCUCCCUCACAUGGAUAUCGUGGUGGUGAAUCGCGAGAGUCACUUGGCAAUCAGCAGGGAUGGAACCACCCUAGCGACCCGGCGAUUGGCAUAGCCCAUGCCGAGCCGACCCGUCCACGCACACAGGACAGCGGCGUAAUAGAAGAUUGGCCUCAAGAAGCUCUCAUGUACCAGUCGGCACUAGGUGCAGAGGAUGGCCAUGACUUCCACCGUUUGAACAGCAAUAACAAUGCCGGACACACUCGCUGA